CGCCCUGGUUGCUAUGUGGUUAGCGUCUCCUCUGUGUACGGUUGCUAGCUAAUGGAUGUUUCGCUUAUAUCGAUGUAGUGUAUAAGAAGAUGCAGGCUUUUAUUCCUAUUUAUAUUGUAUUGUGACGUUUAGGGCUAGAAUGACAACGCUUUUAAGGUGUGAAUGGGCAGUGGACGAGAAUAGGUGUUGAUCUGCUGUGCUGGAGAACUGUUGCUGCUAUCAUCGAACAGCUCGCUUAAUUUCCAUCGACGAUUCUAUUUUUGCAAUCUUUAUUUUAUUAUUAUUUUUUUAAGUAGACGCUAACACACACCUACUUGAAACGAACAAAAACUAAGUAGACUGUGUGUGAUCUUUUUUUUUAAUUCACGAAAAAGCUUAAACGCCUGAAGUAUAGUAAAAUUGAGACGCUGAUGAGUGCUAUUUUGUAAACAAAACCCAACUGAGAUCGACGUGAUGCAGCCUUCAACUCUUAAUUUAUGUAUGGUUUAAGAAGUUGAUACUCGUAUGAGUUCCAGGGAGGAAGUCAAUAUGGGGGAUAUUUUAGCCACUGAAGCCAAUCUGCUUGGUAUGAUUAAGGAGUACCUUAAGGUGGAACAGUUUGAUAACACAGUUCACAGUUUUGACAAGGAGUGCAAGAGCAAAGGAAAGCUUGUGUCCAAGCCUCAAGGAAAUGCUCUGAGAGACGUUAAGACUCACAUCGUCCAGAAAGACCUCCUGAGUUCUUUCAGUGAUGGAGACUACAAGGUGUUCUUUAAGGUGUGGGGAGAUAAUAUUCCCUCUGAUCUAGAUUACACCGAUACUGAGGCCCAAAAGCUGGAGUUCUACCUUUAUAUCCAUUUUGCCAUCUACCCACUGAGAAGCCAUCCUGGAACACAAGACCAGGCAGAGUUUGAAGAGAGGAUUUCUUGUUUCAAGAAAUACCUGGAGACACGUGGGAAAGCACUGAGUCAAAUCACAGAGUUUCUGCCUUAUUAUGCUUUGCCUUUUGUGUCCAAUCCCACCAUUCAUCCCUUCUUCAAGGAUCUAUUUCAGGAUACCUGGAUAGCAAAGUUGAAGAAUAGACUUCAAGAGUUUCUAUCUGUGACAUUGAAGCCUUCAAACUGCCCGAGGCUGCUGACAUUAUAUAAGGAGGGUGGAAAGAGUUCGAAAGAAGCCUUGCAGCAGCUCCAGGUACAGCUGGUUGAGUCAGAGCUGUGCUCCGCCAACUACAUGCGCAAGUUCAGCAAGAUGCAAGCAGACUACUACCAGCUCAUUGGCAUCGCUGCUGAGCUGGUUGAAUCUUUGGAAGCCACCAUCAACGGAAAAAAUAUAUCCCCCGAGUACCUGCAAAGUGUGUUUGUUCGCCUGUUCAGCAGCCAAAUGAGGCAGAGCACAGUGCAGAUGACUGACCUCACCAGGCCUGGCACUGGAUAUUACUCUAUGAGUCCCUAUGAUGAUGGCUAUGCUUCCUCAAUACUUCGAGCAUCCAUUGCCCCACACAGAGCUAAAGAAGUGCCCAUGCUGCCCUCUCUGGAUUACGUGAAGCUGAAGAAGGACCUGCUUGAAGGAUCAGACCGUCUUAGGUCCCUGUUGCUUCAGGCGCUGCGCUGGAGACUUACGCGCUCACUUCCCGGUGAACAGAGGGACACUGUGCUUCAGGCUUACAUUAGCAAUGAUCUACUGGAACGCAACAGCACAAAGCAGGAAACUAUUCUUCAUUUACUGACUUCAAAGAAUGAAAUGGUGCGGCAGUACAUGGCUCGUCUCAUCAAUACAUUUGCCUCCUUUGCAGUCGGGCGAGGUUACCUCUCCAAAAUCCAUUUGCUUCUAAAACUCCUGAUGAAGACAAUCCGGAAGGAGGAGAAGGACACCUUGACCAGAGAGAAUGUGCUGGUGGCUCUGCAGAAACUAAGUCUUGUGAGGAACCAGCAGACAGCCAUGGUAGAAGAUGAUUUGAUUGGCUGGCUGGUGGAUGAAUUGCAUGACUCAGACUGUCUGAGCGAUUACACCCUGGAGUAUUCUGCAUCUCUUCUCAUGAAUUUGUGCCUGCGAACAAAAGGAAAAAGGAAGUGUGCAGAAAAUGCCAAGCAUGUGCUGAAGGUUCUAACUGACCUCCUCGGACAUGAUAACCAUGAGAUUCGUCCAUAUGUGAAUGGGGCCCUGUACAGCAUCCUGUGUAUCCCCUCUGUGAGACAGGAAGCAAAAGAGAUGAGUGUGGAGGAGAUUCUCUGCUGCUACAGUAAGGAGGAUAAUCGAGAGCUUCACAGACAAAUUGGCUUUAUCAUUAAACAGCUCAACUCAGCGGAGGAGGAAGGACCAGAGUCAGAAGAGGAUGAGGAUGACAAUGAUGAAGAUUUAAUAGAGUCAGACAGAGAUAAAGAGGAAGUCCUUAAGCCACAGACCACAGAGCUGUCUGGGGAAAGUCUGCUCACUACAGAAUACCUGGGUAUUAUUACCAACCUACCCAAAGUGAAGAAGAAGUCAAACCAGCAGCAUCACCCAAGCAUUGAUGAGCCUCUUCAGCGACCGGUGACCCCAAGCUCCCAUCGGAACACUAACGUAGUGAAUUACCACCCAGGCAGUCAGGGUAGUAUGGGUGGCAGAGAAGGGAGAAACCCUCAGCUUGGAAACCGUAGUGAGACGGGAAAUGCCUCUUCUUUCAAGAACAAUUCUCAACCUCACACGAGCUAUGGCAAUCACCCACGCACGGCUGAGUCCCUGCAUCACAGCACCGACCCGGAGUACGGCCGGCCGGCCAAGGCUUCUGGUCUGGACCAAUCCUAUGAGCUACAAGCCAGAAAAGGAAGCCUCCAAGAGAAACACAAUGAACAUUUUAACAGCAUAGAUUCAGUCUCCGCAUUUGCAAGCAUGCCGAGACUCGAACGGACUCCUGAGCCAGGAGCCAUCCAGAGAAAUGCCACGUGGAGUCUGGCGCCCACAUUUUCCCAGGCUGAACCCCAGCAGUGCAGCCGGCCAUGCUCUGCAGGGUCCCCGGGUGGACUGGGACGACAGACUGGAGGAAACAACAGUUUUAUCGUCACUCGUCCUCCACAACUACUGCUACAAAAAGUUGAUGAUGAGGCAGCCAGUCAACACAGAGGUGAAGAGGGAGCUGUCACCACGGCGUUGAUCUAUCUCCCCCGGCACAUCAAGUUUCCUGUAACACCAUCCUUCCAGUUUUUGAUCAGGGUCAGCGUCACAGAGAGAGGGUCGAGAAUCAGCAACGAGAGGCGGAGGGGCUUGAACAAUGCAAAGGAUUGUGAUCCUGCAUUUUUUCCCGGCUUCAGGGCAGACUUUUGCAACCCAAUACGAGGUCAGACAAUAAUCGUAUCCCCCAGCUGGCCAACUCGGUGCUCUUUGCAGCCUCGUUUGGCCCUCAAUUCUACGCUCUCUGUCGCUUUUUCUCUCUCAACAAGGUCACUUGGCACACCUGCAUAUGCGUAACAUCCUGCCACCAUGACAGAAUUUUGGUUUUAAAACUGAAGAUUAGCAUGAUGUUUACUGGUAAUGGGUUUAAGGGGCCAUAACAAAACAAAGAGAUAUGACAUUAAUAAUAGAUUUUUUUUGUAUCAUUUAACCUAUCUUGUGAAUCGUCAAGGAAUGACAUGAUCUUAGCAGGCUUACGGUCAUAGAUCAUAAUGCUGAAUGUCUAUUGUCAGUGCUUGAAUUCAAACUUGUAACGUGUAUCGCUUCGGGGACAACACAAUGCUAUUUUCUCGUUAUACAAUCUUUUUAGACCAAUAUCUAUUGCAAUGUUUACACAGAAUCUGCAAAAAAAAAUUGGAAAUUGUGUCAAUA